AUGGAUUCAAAAUCUUUAGCUUCUCGUUUCGGCGAGCUUGUUAGUUUCCUCUCCUCCGUCAAGGGCGACCUCUCAAACGUAACGGGCCCCAUCUCCUUCCUCGCCCCCUCCUCCGUCGUCGAGGUGGGCCACUGCUGGGCCGAGCGACCGCACGUCUUUGCCGCGCCGGGCACAGAAGCCGACCCCGCCCGCCGGGCCCUCCUGGUGCAGCGGCUCGUGCUCUCGGCGCUGCGCCCGCAGCUGUACGUGGCGGGGGCGCCCGGCACGUCGAUCAAGAAGCCGCUCAACGCUUUCCUGGGCGAGGUUUUUUGCGCGUCGUGGUCGGACGAGCAGAACAAGGCCCGCACCCGCCUCGUGGCAGAGCAGGUCUCGCACCACCCGCCCAUCACGGCCAUGCACGUCUCGUCGGGAGAAGGCGAGGCCAUGGUGCGCGCGGACGGCUACGCGCGCGUCGAGAUGACCUUCAACGGCAACGUCAACAUCCGGCAGGUCGGGCACGCCGUCGUCCGUGUCGAGCGCUACAAGGAGGACCACCUCUUCCCGCUGCCCGACGUCAAGGUCCGCGGCUUCCUGUCGGCGUGUCUGUACCCCGAGAUCGUGGGCACGUACCACAUCAUCGGGUCGUCGGGCUACAUCAGCGAGAUCAAGUUCAGCGGGGCCGGCGUGCUGCGGGGCAAGAGGAACAGCUUCGAGGCGCGGCUGUUCCACAAGGCCGACCCGAAAAAGACAAUCUUCAAGACGGUCGGCUGCUGGAGCGAGGGCUGGACCGUCAAGGACCCCAAGGGCAGGACCGUCGACGAGUACGACGUCGAGGCCCUGGAGAACCUCCCCGCCGCCAUGGAGCUGGCGCCGCUCGAGGAGCAGAGCCCCUGGGAGAGCCGCCGGGCCUGGGCCGGCGUCAUUUCGAACCUCGGCCCGGGAGGCGACACGCGUGUGGCCGCCGCCGAGAAGACCAAGCUGGAGCAGGCGCAGCGGCGGAUGCGCGCCCAGGAGAAGGAGCGCGGGGAGACGUGGGAGCCGCUGCUGUUUGCGAGCGGCAAGGGGGACGACCACGACGUCUUUCACCGCCUGACCGAGGGCACCGACUGGGAGCUCUGCGACGACCGGACAAAGGGCGUCUGGCGGAUCAAGGGUGACGUGCUGGCCAAGACGGACAGGCCUGUCAGGGGGGAGCUGACGCCUCUUGGGUGA